AUGCUACAAUCCAUCACCUGGCCCUUCGACGAUGAUGUCGACUUUGAUACCGCCGACCUCAUCCUUCGGUUGCAACUGGAAGAUGUGGAAGACAUUCGAAGCAGAGCCAAGGGCAAACAACGCGUCGACGCCGACCUCGAUGAUUCUCAGUUGGCGCUGUCCCUGAUGGAAUCAAACCUCCUGUCCACGAAACGACUUAUCGCCGAUAGGCACAUGUCUCAGAGCAUUGCUACGGCAGUCAGAAUCGAUGGUCCAGUGAUUGCACAAUCAAUGCAGCAAGAAGAGAUCGCAGUUGGAGACCGUAACUUGGCCCGCCGGAUGGGUGGAAUGAGCAAUGUCACACAUGCCAAUCAAUGUGGUGGUUCCAGCUCUGGAGAAAUAAAUGACAAAAUCCUGUCGAAACUCGCUGGGAUGUACAUGUUUGAUGAUGACGGUGAUGCAGAUACUGGUGGUGCGUGUCUUCAAAAUACCGGAUCAAACGUCGAAGAAGGUUCAAGUGCGGGAGAAAGCUCAGUCCAAGCGUCUUCUCGAAAUUUCAUGUCUCGGGAGAUAGUCUGUGAAGCUUGCCGCGAACCCAAGAAACAAUGUGAGGUCAUGGAAAAUGAAUGUUCUCACGCCUAUUGCAAGCAGUGCCUGCAGGAAUUGUUCGAUCUGUCUACCCGAGACGAGUCGUUGUUCCCGCCUCGAUGCUGCAAGGAACCCAUCCCUUUGGACGACGCGCGGAUAUUUCUCACCAAAGAACUCUUGGACCGCUUCGGGAGGGCAAGGAUCGAAUUCGAAACGACGAAUAGAACUUAUUGUUUUCGCAAAACCUGUUCAGCCUUCAUCCCCAGCGACUCCAUCGCAGGCGACGUAGCAACUUGUCCACAGUGCCUGACAGAGACAUGUGCCAUCUGCAAGGAUGGUGCUCAUUAUGGAGACUGUCCGGAGGAUACAACUCUGCAAGAGAUAUUGGCAGCUGCGACUGAGAAUGGAUGGCAGCGUUGCUACUCAUGUCGUCGCCUCGUCGAGCUUGAGGUUGGCUGCAAUCACAUGACAUGCCGAUGUGGUGCUGAGUUUUGCUACCUGUGUGGUGAGCGAUGGAAGCAUUGUACCUGUCCGCAGUGGAACGAGGAGCGGCUGCUCGCGCGAGCGAAUGCGAUUGUCGAUCGUGACCUUCCUCACAUGGAUGUUGCCGAUCCGAUUCGUAGAAACAGAGUUGCAGAUGCAACUGAGAUGCUUAGGACAGGACACAACUGCCAGCAUACUAGCUGGAGAUACAUUGCAGGAUCCCACAGAUGUGAGGAAUGUUUCCACAAUCUGCCUCACUACAUCUUCGAAUGUCGUCAAUGUCGGAUUCGGGCUUGUAAUAGGUGUAAACGAAACCGCCUGUGA